CACCGUCGGCCCCCCUUAUCGCAAUAGAGGGAGUUUGCGGUCGUGCCCAAGCUGUGAUGAAAGGAUGAUGUCACAAAUAGUUUUAAGUCUUUUGUGCUUCCUGUGGUCGCUCUGAAUAGACCUGUCCCCCUCCCUACUCCUCUUGUUAACACGCCGCCUCUCUAUCUGGCAGCGUUGAAGGUGGGCGAGAUCCGGUCACAGACGUCAGCCAGCACCCACAGCUGGUCACCAGCUUUGAAGACUUGCUACCUGCAGGAUGCAAGGCUCAUUGAGAGAGUGAGAGAGAGGGAGUCGUCUGAGGACCUGAGUCAAACAUGAGGAGUAGGACGAUGCUUGUAUGAGCUUCGAAGCGCCAAACAAAAUUUUUCCUUCAAAAAAGUGGAAUUGGAAAGUUCAGAAAUCGUUGUGGAAUUUAUUACAGCCGAUCCCCAAGCGUCCUCCAAGAAACGCUGAUUGCAGCAAAAAUGAAUAUCAGAAAGAUGGUGGCAGCCUGCGUGCUGGCAAUAUCCGGAACCAUUGUCAUGACAGUGUCAAAGACGAGCUUGCUUUUUCUGUGGGCCUGCAAGCCAUCCACCUACAAACCAAUGGUACGCGACCUUGUGUCUGGUGAUGGUGAUACCGGAAGUAGUCUCGAUAGCGCGGACAUUAUGGGGCUCUACUCUGUUAGUAUCAGGCUCUUUUGUACAGUGGCCGCCCUUUCGCCUGGUCGUGCUGGACAUCCUUAUUGCCAUACUGGAGUCAGCCGCGAUGACAUUCUUUACCACGGAGGUUGCCGCAGCGUUGCCAGUGUACAUCGUCCUCCCCCUCAUGAAUGCAGUGCUGCUGCUGCAGUCUUUGCUGGACCAGUGGAGGCCGAGCAGAAAACCUCUUGGUGUCCUAGAAGCGGUCUCAUCCAGCAGCUGCAGCCUAGCGUGUCGCGCCUUCGGGAGCGUUCUGUGUUUCCUCGGCAUGGUCGGCCUCGUCGUUCUGGCCAGCCAUGCUGGUCGUGCUGAACCUCGUGGACAUCACCGAGGCUGUGGCUCUGGUAGCCAGCCUCCUGGCUCUCUCCGUGGUUUGGUGCAAGCCCGUCCGCCGCCACAUCCUGUCUCCCGACAGGUCCUCCAUCGCGCAGCGGCACAACGUGACGUUGCUGCUGUGUGUUGUCAAGGUGGUGUGUCUGGUCGGCUUCUCUAUACUGACGUCUGCUAUAGGAGCCACGGACAGGCGGUUGAGCCAGGCCCCAGAGUCACUGUGGCAAGGUUUCCUCGUGCUUCACCAGCGUGAAAUCCUGGUGUACCCUCUCAUCGCCCACUCGCUUAGCAACAUCUUGGCGUGCGCGCACACCCGACUGGGAACGUACUACACGGCCACUCGCUCCUCAUUGGUGCUGCCAACCGUCCUAUCCACGCUGGUUGCUACAAUUUUAUUAAUAGUCACCUGCACUGGAGCCUUGCCUCUUGAUGUCGGCCUCGAGGCGUGCCAACUGCGAUCUACCGAAAUUGCUUUUCUUGCAGCUUCGGCUGUUCUUUGGCUCAUCCCUUUCGCGACCCUGAGACAGAGCUACUUCCACCCCGCACACGUUUUGUUCAGACCGGAGAUCGAGAGCUUCCUGGCCAUCAACUACAACAGUGUCUGCUUUGACCAGAACCUCUUCCUCAACUACAACCCGUUCUCAAUCGCGUUCGGCGAAUAUAUGAAGGUAGGAGAGAAGCAAAGCCGCGUUUUCCUGUGCACGACAAUGUACCGGGAGGCAGACUACGAAAUGGAACAGCUCUUGAGGAGCCUGUCACGAGUUUCCAUUUCAAAAAAGUUGCGAGCUGCCGGAGUGUAUCUCGAGUCCCACAUCUUCCUCGACAACGGCGCCAACGGGAUGACUCUGAACGAGUUCGCGCUGCAGCUAAUGUCGCUGGUGGAGAAGUGCUUCUCGCUGACGAGAACAGAGAGUGCCAUUAACAAGACACCCUCGGGAAUACAGAUCGUCUGCAUCCUCCCUGGGGGCAUGCCCCUGUUCUUCCAUCUGAAGGACUCCUCUCUGGUGAAGGCCAAGAAAAGGUGGAGCCAAGUGAUGUACAUGAAGUACAUCCUGGACCAUAGGAUAAAAGCUACUUGCAGGGAAAGUGUUACGAACAUGCCCAGAAAAGCAAUCGACGAAAUGAGAGUUGUUCAAAAAAACAGUGCCACCGAAGGAGCAGAUAAUAAGAACAGCGAGAUUCUGCUCCAGAUUCGCUCUCUACUCAACGGCUUGAAGGUGGAGGAGAAGGCCUCGGAAGACGGCAACCGUGACUCGGUAAGGAACUCGAUCACAGAAGAGCGGUGCGAGUCGGAGCAAAGUUCCGACCAAGGCAUCGACAUCGCUGACGAUAUUUCGGACUCCUCCAGCCAGAAGGAGACGUCGAAGGUGCCGGACGACAGCCAGAACACCAUGGCCUCUGACCCCGCUUUGAACCGGGACAGCAGUUACAGCAGCCUCCUGUCAGGGAAUCUUCACCAGGGCAAGAUCAACCCGGCCUACGUCCCUGACGAGGACGAAGAAGCUCCCCCUAAGUGGUUGCCGCAGUUCGUGAGCAAGUUUCUGGGAGCGUCUCCAAUGCACGAGUCAGAAGGAGAGUCCACAUCGGCAGACCUCUCUCUACCGCCGCGUGAAGUGGUGGAGAUUUUUCCAGAACCCGUCUACACCCUGCCUGACAGUGGACCCCACCAAGCCAACAGCGCAGAUGCGUCUGGAAAUGUCGAGGCACCGUCUGUAAGCAAAAUUUUCCUAAAUUUUGAGGGAUAUCGCCUUGUUAAUGUUAAAAGUCCUUUGCCCCGAGCAAGGACAGAAAGCUUAGACAAACAGACCUACAUACUGGCCACCGAUGCGGACAUGUUGUUUUCGGACACUGCCGUGCUGGAUCUGGUCAAUGCCUGCAACGAAGACUUGAGGCUGGGCGCCGCGUGUGGCAGGACUUACCCCAUGGGCAAGAAGAUCAACCCCAUCGUCUGGUAUCAGAUUUUCGAAUACGCCAAAGAUUUCUGGAUGAUCAAGAGCGCCCAGAAUGUGAUCGGUUCCGUGAUGUGCUGUCCGGGCUGCUUCAGCCUCUACCGCGCCAGCGCCAUCAACGACGUGGUCGGCAAAUACUCAGAGCCCACUACUCGAGCUGGAGAUGUCUUCACUAAAGAUACAGGCGAGGACAGGUGGAUGUGCACUUUGAUGAUGAUGAAGGGAUGGAAGCUGCGCUAUUCAACGUACGCCGUUAACAGCACGUACUGCCCGGACUCCAUCAGCGAGUUCAUCAAACAAAGGCGCCGCUGGAUCCUCUCCGACUUCGCCAACUCCUUCCUCGUCUUCCGGAACUUGCCACGGCUCAUGCGCAGCAACGGCUGCUUCUCCUUCAUGUACGCCUUGUACCUGGUCCAGCUGUUCAUCAUCGUCAUCUUCUCACCUGGCACCACGGUCGUCAUGCUCACGGUUGGGGUGGAGCUGCUGACUGGUGCACCUUACCACGUGACCACCCCGGUCAUGGCCAUGAUUUUCGUUCUGUACGGCCUGACCUGCUGCCUUCUGUCUCCUGAGGUACAAGUGCGGGUCACGAAGUUCUCCAUCAUCGUGUUGGGUAUCAGCAUGGCGGCCGUGGUCAUUGGCGCCGGCGCCUACGUCUUGAUCGACAUGAUCAAGUCCAUCCAGCUGGGCGGACUGUCGUUGAUGGAGCACUACUUGCUGCUGGCGCUGACCGGCUCUCUCAUCUACGCGGCGCUCAUGCACCCUAAAGAGUGUUACAUCCUGGUCUACGGAAUAGUCUACUUGUUUUACUUCCCGGCAAUGUACAUGUUGCUACCCCUGUAUGCCCUCUGUAACAUUGUGGACCAGUCGUGGGGCACGAGGGACAAUCAAAAGCCUAAGGUGCCAAAGCUUAUUUGUUUCCCACGGAUAAGGAGGAAAAAACAGAAAAAAGCCAAAGAUCCAGGAAGCUGUGAAAACCUAUCUGAAGACCCCGCCGCCGUUUCGCAGGAAAUCAAGUCUCUGAGCCCGGAGGAGGAAAGCUUCUGGACUCGACUCGUUGUCCAGUUGAUUGGAAAGAACGUGAACCUCGGUCUCAGCAUGGAGGACCUCGCCAAGGGGCUUCGCAACCUUCGAUUCCGCGUGGUUGUCGCUGUGAUGGUCCUGAACCUGCUGUGGGUCAUAGGUCUGUCGUUUUUUUAUUUGUGGUCCUUCAAGUCAGGCUCGCAGAUCAGCGCCUACGGAAUCCUCAACGGGGUUCUCUACGCCUUCUCCUUCUUCAUCCAAAUCGUAGGCAUGACUGUCUACCGUGUCCAAGAUGGCGUUCAUCGUCUGGGCAAAAAGAUUUACGGCACGGAAAAACCAUACUAUGUUCGCAGCGCAGACGAGAGAUGACCACAUCUGAAAACAUCUUUGACGGAAGUUAUAUUUCAAAGACCAGGCCACUGAUUGUAUCAUCAGAGCUCAAGGCUCUGCUAUUCAUCCUAACUCUUCCACAAACCAGCAGGAAGACAGCGCCCACAGGGGAUUGCUUGUAAACCGAAGUAGUUUUCUUUCCAGAAUCGUUUUGACUAAUCUGUCAAUGCAUAGUACCGAUUAAAUCGGUCGUCAGAAAUUUAGUAAGUGUAAGUAGUAAUUAAUUAAUACUAAUUUAUACAAGAACACCUAGUUCUUACGAAAUAUCGUACAAAUCAGAAAGAGGCGAAGAAAGUGAAACGGGGAAAGAAUCAACAUUUUCUUUUAUUUUUGAAAGUAAAUUAACAGGUAUACAUUAUUUAUAUCAUGCUACGAACUAUAAGUGAAUUAUGACUCUAGACUGGCAAUUGAAUUAAAACGUGUCGAAGAUAGCGAGUAUACUUUCAGGCCCACUUAUAUAUGAAUGUAUUUUCCGACUGAAUUUUGUACUCACAUUCCUUAUUUAUUGAUGGAGAUUCUUUAAGUUCAUUUUACAAAAGUGUACCCUAGAAACAAAUUUCCAAGAAGGGUCACGAAUAUCACAACCGGUGCUUCUUCCCCUCCCAGAAAGAUAACGACUGGUGGUCUUAAGUUUGUCACUUAAGUUAUCACACUAGACUUAUAAUUAUACAUUUGAUAUUUUGCGUCUGUGGCUUGCUCUGCCAAGUUAUUUUUUCUCGCAUUGUUUCUUUUUCCGCGAUAGUUGUAUCCUUUUUGAGUUGAAAGGUCAAAGACGUGGACGAGCCAAUUAAGGAAUGUUUCAGGAUUUUGGGGUCUCAACAUAAAUUUUGUUUUCUUGCUCUCUUUGUGCUACAAAUUUAAAAAUAAUUAACUCAAUUUAAAAAAAAAAACUAUUAAACUUAUUUUCUAUUACCUGCAUAAACAAUGCACCACUAGUUGAAAAUACUGAUCCUAAGACUGUGAAUUCUUGUGAUUGGUUUUUCCCACCCCGUCCCUUUCUUGUCGACCUUAUAAAUGUAUUAUGCAUGUAUAUGAUAGCCGUCUGAGUGAAUGAUUGCCUUUUAGAGGACUAAAAUAUAAUUCUUUAUACAAAUAGACUGUUUAUCAGUGCAUGCAAGUGCAACCUUGGCUGGCUUCAAGAGUUGUUGUGACUGUGGGUGUGUGGCAUUGCUAUCUGUUGCAUCCAAGCUACCAGCUAUUUAUUUAUGACUGUGCGCCUCAGGUAUGCUAUGAACACGAGGGUGAAUCGUUGGGUGUAAAACGGUUUUGUGUAUUGGUAUUUCAGAAGAAAAGCUUUGGUACCAACUUUUCUAUUACAAUCGCUUAAACAUUUGAAUUCGCUUCAUUAGUAGAAUUUUUGUGCAUAUGUGGAUGAGAUCUCUUGCUGGGAAAGUAGCUGUGCCUGUGAAUGAAACUAGAAGGUCCUGAUGUUUUUAUUUAUUAGAGCAAGGAGAAGCAAGACUUGUAAAAGUAUGGUUUAUAUUACAUUUUGUGAUAAAUAUGAUUGGCUAAAAUAUUUUUGCAUUAGUUUUGCGUGUUAAGGUUGUUUACAAGCUUUCUGUAGAAAUAUACUAAGAAAUUAAAUAAUUUUAAAGUAAGCUAAGUGACCUUUGUUCCUAGCUGUUAGAUGCAACAUUUUAAAAACCAUUCUAAGUCUUCAAGUAUUGCAGUUGCCAAGUAAGUUCUAGCAGUAUUCGUAAGCAAUUAUUAGGUUUUCUAUUUUACUGAGUGUAUUGUCUCUAGAAAAUGCUGUCUAUGCUUUCACUAGAAUAUGUAUCACUUGCAAAACUCGGGAUAGAUUAUGGUUAUCAAAACAACGGGUAUACUGUAUACUACUGAGUGUCAUUGUGAUACCGUGUACUGUCCAUAACACAGAAACAGAAAGAGUAAAUUAGUGACAAAGGACAGCAGAGAGGACAGUAAUAGUGAACAGCUGUCAGCAUCAAGGCAUUACAGAAAAUAUAAUAAUAUUUCAAUGACCUAUGACCCUACUAAACGUUUUAAUGAAGUCGUAAACUAAGCUAUUUAAUUUAAGUAGUUUAAUAUAAAGAAAUACAAAGAUGUCUGGGAUCCACUGGGAUCUGAAUGUAUGGGUGUGAUGUAUGCAAGAUUAUGAGAGGUGUUGCUAUUUUAUUAAAUUUACAUAAAACUGCAUGACAAUGUUGAUAUUGCUAAUAUAACUUAGUGAAGGGUUUUCAGAAAUAAAGUAUA